UGUUAACCGACAAAUACGAUUAUGAAUUAACUAAGCAACUUUUCCAUUUACUAUAAUAUGUCAUUUUAUUUGAAGCCUUCGACAGGGUCUAUCUCACUUCAGAAACUGGAAGCGAUCGCCAUUACGAGACUCGGUUUUUUGUUGAAAGUACACCGAAAGGGAGACAACCCAGUUGAUCUUUUGGACAUCGUUAAAACAGAAGGAUGUGUGCAGGAAUCGGAUUGUCUGAUUGGCGGGUCGCAUAAAGAUAACAUUUCUCAUUUCAUACUCAGACUUCUGCUUGCUGGUGAUCCAGAAGCCCAACGUUUUAUCCUUGAAGCUGAAACCCGCCUGUUUGCAUUCCGGUUCUCUUGUAUGACGGAGACAGAAAUCUAUUGGCUUUUCAAAUCUGUUCAACGUAUCACACACAGAGUUAUCUACCCUGAAUCAAGCAGUUUCAAUGAGCUGAACCCAAAACACUUACUUUCUGUUAUACUCUCCAUCCGAAAUAAUUGUGGAUCAUGGAAAUCGGUGACAAGAAAAUAUAUCCAGGGUUGCCAUGGAGAACACUUUCUGUCGCCCUUUCAAGCUGCCACCAUGCUUGUUUCGAAAAGGGAGGUAACUCUUGAUAAAGGCAUGGCUCGUGUGCCAUUCUCCAAAAUGAAUGACAUUUUGACUGAAGUGUUCAGGAAGUUGCUGGCCGCCAGUUUUGGUAGAGAUCGGGAGCUGUCAGACAGUAGAUUGGUUCGAGACAAGCGAAUGACUAAAUUACAACAAUUGUUGAAGGCAAUAUUUCGAAGGAAUUACUUGGACUCAGGUCAUGGUGCUAUGAGGCUGCUAUGUGUUAACAAGAUUGAUAAAGAGAGCCGACUAUUUCCUCCGUGUAUGAAGAACUUGCACCAGGUUCUGAGAAACAAGCAUAGACUUCGACACCAUGACAGGAUUCAGUACACCUUAUUCCUGAAGGAGGCUGGAAUGUCACUUCACCAGGCACUGAUGUUUUGGAGUGGAGAAUACUCCCAUGGUGCACCGCUUGAAAAUGGCUGCCCUCACAGCUGGCAGACUGAUGAGAGAAGAUACGUGUACAACAUCCGUCAUCUUUACGGACUGGAAGGCUCGCGGAUCAACUACCGCAGUCACUGUUGUGCAUCAAUACAGAAGAGACAGCUCACAGCAGGAGAUGAAGGAGGUUGUCCGUUUGUUCACUUCGAUGACCACCACCUGCACAGAUUUAUGUCCACCAGUCAGAUUCCAGAAUAUCGUCAGAAACAGAUUUUGAAUCUUAAAUCUAAAGGGAAACCAUCGAAGUGCUGUGAGAUGUACUUACAGUGUGUGAAAGACUCUUCCAAUACAACUGGUACCAAGUAUUUACCAGAUGAUGACUCAUCAAAUACAUCUGGAAUGGACAGUCAUCUACAAUGUAUCAAUAACUGUUCAGAUAGAACUAGGACCAAGAAUUUACCUGAUGGGGAUUUAUCAAAUAUAUCUCAGUCUGGAAUAGACAGUUUUCUAGAAUGUCUCAAGCACUCUUCAGAUACAACUGGUACUAAGUAUUUACGUGACGUGGAUCACCCGGGUACAACUGGAAUGAACAGUUAUCUACAGUGUGUCAAGGACUCCUCAAAUAUAACUGGAACCAAAUAUUUACCUGACGAGGAUUCUUCAAAUACAACUGGAACCAACAAUUAUAAACCAUGUGUCAGUGACUCAUCAAACACAUUUGGGACCAACAGUUAUCAGCACUAUGUUAAGGACUUUUCAAAUACAUGCGGAACUAACAUGGACCUACCCUGUGUAAAAUCCACUUCAAAUAAAAGAGGAGCUAGCAAUGUUCUACCCCAUGAUGAGGACUCUUCAAAUACGCCUGUGUCCAAUAUGGACAUUUCAAGCUCAUUUGGAAGUGAUAGUUAUCUGGAUUGUGGUAAGGACUGUGCUAAUACAACCAGAAUCAACCUGGAUCUCCACACUGUUUUACAUUCUUUUAACAGAGGUGAAAGAAAAAUUGCAAGUGUAUCAUCACUUUGUACAACAGGACCUCCUGCUAUUUCACAAUGUCCUGGUUUAUCGUCACAGGAUUCACCAGGACCUGUCAUUUCCAAGACAUCAUCACGUUUAUCUUCAUGUUCAAAAAGACCUACUGCUUGUUCACAGGUCCAAAGUGUAUCUUUAUGUUGUUCAACAGAGCCUGGUGCAGUUCCUAAAACAUCAAGUUUACAGUUGUGCCAAAAUCCUUUUCCUAGUCCAUCUACAGCAAAAAAGCUGAGAAAACUACCAUAUCCUAGCAGCCAGUGUUGCAGAUGUGAAACCAACUGUUCUAGUACACUGCUACAUAAAAAGAUAUCUGUGCCAGAGACUACGCAUUCAUCUUUGCCUUUUUGUCACAACCCUUGUCUUGACUCUCCAGUGCAAGAAACAAAUGGCCAUUCCUGUUGUUCACACCGACUGAUGGCAAAUCAUUCAAACAUUUAUAAAACUGGAACCAAAUUGAAUCUUAAUAUUCAGUCCAGCAAGUUGUCAACAUCCAAAGGAAGUAUGGUUGAUUCGAUGCAGAUCUUAACACGACCUUGUUCUGAAUCCAACACAGUGGGAAAUUGUGAAGCUUUAUGUGCCAAUAUGAAAACACAUCCAAUUUUUCAGCAACAUCAGGCUGGUUGUGAUAAUACCAGUAGUCAUUUGGAGUCUUUUCCGAAAAUGUCCUUGAUAUCUGGUGGAUGUGGCGGUAGAACAUUAACUGCGUCAUUGUCCUUGAUGUCUCAUAGGUGCAGUGAUUGUAAAGGCAGUGAGUCAGUAUCCUCAAUGUCUAGUGGAAGCACUGAUGGUAAAUGUAACAGUUCAGUAUCUGAAGGAUGUGGUGAUAGUACCUUUAAUGAAUCGGUCUUGUCAGUGCUUGAUGAAUGUGUGGAUAGUAAAUGUAAUGAGUCAGUGUCUUGUGGAAUUAGUGAUAGUAAAUGUAAAGAAACACUGUCCCCAAUGUUUGAUGAAUGCAUUGAUAGUAAAUGCAAUGAAUCAGUGACAUCGGUGUUUGAUGGAUGUGUUGAUAGUAAGUGUAAAGAACCGGUGACAUCGGUGUUUGAUGGAUGUGUUGAUAGUAAGUGUAAAGAAUCAGUGACCUCUGUGUUUGAUGGAUGUGUUGAUAGUAAGUGUAAAGAAUCGGUGACCUCGUUUGAUGGAUGUGUUGAUAGUAAGUGUAAAGAAUCGGUGACCUCGUUUGAUGGAUGUGUUGAUAGUAAGUGUAAAGAAUCAGUCUUGCCGGGAGCUGAUUCUUCAUUGCCUCAGAGAUGUGCUGAUUCGUGUAGCUGUUUUCAACAUGAGUUGUGUCCUCAGAUUGCCAGCAACGUGCAGAUGACGUCAGUGGGCGAUCAGCGUCAAGUCUGUACAGACCGUUUCAGUAUUGACAAACCUCUCGAUUACUACACUAGUUUCCGCAGACUGGUAGAAGGAUUAGCUAGUGAUGACAGUGAAUUCACUAUUAGUAGUACUGAAUAAUAAAAUUAUUAUUAUA